CGGUCACUCUGAGUUUUGAUUUCGUUCGGGAAGGUUGUGUCUCGGAGACGUGGAACUUCGCGGAGCCGAUAAACUCUGAGAAAUCAAGUUUUUGCGAGUCCAAACAAUAAACCUUAAAUUUUCUAAUACUUCGAUAUUUAAUCCAAUAUGUUUUGAUUGCGUGACAUAAACAGUUUAUACUAAAAACCAACAAAAGUUUGAUUUCGCUGAGCUGAAGCAACAGGAAAAGUGCAUUUCGUGAGCGGCAAAUCGACUCAUAUUUCCGUCACCUUAGCUCGAAAGUAAAAUGCAACGCUGCAGUUUGAGUUGAAAUUACAAAGUUUAAUAACCAUUCAAUAAAACAUCGAACGAAUUUACUGUGUGAAUUUAACAAGUGAAUUUACGUGAAAAGGGGAAAACAAAUUACAAUUUCCCAACGCGUGUGUUGCAAGUUCCAACUGCAGGUGGCCGACACAAAGCUGCCGGCUAUAGAACGGGCGCACACAAUGCUGCUGAAGAAGAAGCGCUAUAUGUUCGACGAGCGAGACGUCAAUAUUAUUAACUCGCUCCUCGCCGUCGAGCCAAGCAGCAACAACAACAAAAUGGCCGAUACACGCGAAGUGCGCAUUGAAGAGCAAUUAAAAGUGAAAAUUGGUGAGGCUAAGAAUCUGAGCAGUCGAAAUGCGGCGAACACAAGCUGCAGCACACAGGGCACACGCGAUGUCUACUGCACAAUUGCGCUGGACCAGGAGGAGAUCUUCCGCACACCCACCAUCGAACGCACACUGACGCCGUUCUUCGGCGAGGAGCACCAGUUCAAGAUCCCGCGUCGUUUCCGCUACCUGUCCAUUUACCUGUGGGAUCGGGACAUGAAGCAGGACAAGACGAUUGGAAAGAUAGCGAUCAAACGGGAGGAGUUGCACAUGUACAAUCACAAAGAUCAUUGGUUCUCGCUGAGACCAGUUGAUCAAGACUCUGAAGUUCAGGGCAUGGUCAAUGUGGAGGUGUCAUUUGCAGAGGCCCAACAAACCCAGUCUCUUUCGGAGACCAUUGAGCUGGGCCAGCACACAUUGUCGCACACACAACAGUUCCUGCAACACCACAAUCACACAGCCCACCAGCAUCGGGCGCUCUUGAACGACUACAAGGAGAACAGCGAACUGAGCAAUAUCCAGCGGGCGGCAGCAGCUGCAGCGGCAUCUUCUUCCGCUGCCAUGACGUUAAAAACACGAGCCGCUGGUUUAUUUGGUCACGUCCAUCAUCCUCCAUCGCAGACACAGCACUUUCCGACCAUCAAUACCACAUCCACAUCGUCGGAUCAGUUGGCCAAUUGGAAGUCGCAUGGGAGAUUCGUUGGCGUGACCAUCAAAGUACCAGCUUGCGUGGAUCUUGCCAAGAAGCAGGGAACCUGUGAUCCCUUUGUGGUCUGCACAGCUCACUAUAGCAAUAAACAUCAGGUGACGAGAAGAACAAAACAGCGCAAGAAGACUGUGGAUCCGGAGUUUGACGAGGCCAUGUACUUUGAUCUCCACAUCGAUGCGGAAGCGGGCAGCACAAACACCACUGGGAGUAAUAAGAGUGCCAUAUACCCGUUGGGUGGAGCGGAUCUGGUGGAGAUUGUGGUGAGCCUUUGGCAUGAUGCCCAUGGCGCCAUGUCCGAUAAGAUUUUUCUCGGUGAAGUGCGACUGCCAAUGCUCAACAAGCAGGAGCAGCAGGCAAUUUCUCCAUCGGCUUGGUAUUAUCUGCAACCCCGCUCCAUGACGCACAGUUGUCGCUCGCUAAAUGCAACACCCCGCUCAUGUGCCACUCCUCCGGGUACGAGAUUAAGCGUGGAUUCAACCAUUGGAUCACUCCGUCUGAAUCUGAACUACACCGCCGACCACGUCUUCCCCCUGGCCACCUACGAUGAUCUGUUAAACCUGCUCCUGGAGUCAGUGGAUCAGCGACCUAUUACCGUCUCGGCUGUCUCGAUAUUGGGCGAGCUGGUCUCUGGCAAGACGGAGGUGGCUCAGCCGCUGGUGCGACUCUUCACACAUACGGAACGCAUUGCACCUAUCAUUAAGGCGUUGGCAGAUCACGAGAUCUCUCAUUUGACGGAUCCCACCACUAUCUUCCGGGGAAACACAUUGGUAUCUAAGAUGAUGGACGAGGCGAUGCGGUUGUCUGGUCUGCAUUACCUACAUCAGACUUUGCGUCCCGUCUUGUCGCAGAUUGUUGCGGAAAAGAAACCAUGUGAGAUCGAUCCUAGCAAGAUUAAGGAUCGCUCUGCGGUGGACACGAAUCUGCACAAUCUGCAGGAUUAUGUAGAACGUAUCUUUGAGGCGAUUACGAAAAGUGCUGAUCGUUGCCCGAAGGUUCUAUGUCAGAUCUUUCACGACCUGCGGGAGUGUGCGGGAAAGCAUUUCCCCAGCAAUCGAGAGGUGCGCUACUCCGUGGUUUCCGGCUUCAUCUUCCUGCGCUUCUUUGCUCCGGCCAUACUGGGACCGAAACUCUUCGAUCUGACCACUGAGCGUCUGGAUGCCCAGACGAGUCGUACGCUGACCCUGAUCUCCAAAACGAUCCAAUCGUUGGGAAACUUGGUUAGCUCCCGAUCAUCGCAACAGACUUGCAAGGAGGAGUUCACCGUCGAGCUAUACAAAAAGUUCUGCACGGAGCAGCACGUGGAUGCGGUAAAGCACUUUCUGGAGGUGAUCUCGACGCCCACCCAGGCGAGCAGCGUUCAUUCAGUGGCGGCGGCGGCAUCAACACCACUGGAACCAGUAUUACUUAAAGAGGGCGAGGGCAUGAUGACCAAGUAUCCCACAUCCCGGAAACGCUUCGGUCGGCAGUACAAACAGCGCUACUUCCGCCUCACCACCCACUCAUUCAGCUACGCCAAGUCGAAGGGCAAACAACCCAUCUGUGAUAUACCGCUCCAGGAGAUCGCCAGCGUGGAUCAGCUGAAGGACAGGAGCUUCAAGAUGCAGAAUUGCUUUAAGAUUCUGCACAACGAUCGCUCGCUAAUUGUACAGACAACGAAUUGCGUGGAGGAGCGCGAGUGGUAUGACUUGCUGCACAAGAUUUGUCUGAUGAACUCUAUCCGGAUGCAGUACUUCCAUCCCUCGGCCUUUGUUAACGGCUUUUAUAGCUGUUGUGGGCGUUCGGAUGAGAAUUCACCUGGUUGUAAGAAUGUGUCGAAAAAGGAGAUGGACUAUUUUCAGAUGGAUUUGGUAACGGCCCUGGAUCCACCGCUUGAUCUGCAGCGCAUCCACACGCUGAUCAUGUCCAACAUGAGUGUGCUGGAGUCCCUGCUUGAUCCUCUCACCUAUCACCAGCAUCUGCCCCAGACGCAACACCAACAGCAUAAUCCUCUGGUACCACUGGCCACCGAUCUGCAGAAGCAUUCACCACAGGCCUUUGCGGAAUUCAAGCGAACUAUUGAGAAGUUAAGAGAGAAGGCGUACGCCAUUGAUCGGGAUCAUCGGGAUUACAAGCAGGGCAUUACGAGGCAGCUGAAGUAUGGCAGCAGACAGGCGCCGAUUGGCGAUGACAACUAUUGGCAAAUGAUGCGAGCAGCCGGCCAAUUAAAUCAGCAGCACCAUCAGCAGCAACAACACCAACAGCAGCAGCAGCAACUCCAGCAGUUCCAGCCGCAGCCAGUGCUGCCGCAAAUGCAGAAUGUUCGGGCGUAUCCCUAUCAGCCAACUACGAGUAACAUGAACGCCUACUAUCUGCACAACUUGCAGCAUCAGCAGCAGAGAUUGCAGUUCCAACAGCAGCAUCAGCAGCAGCAACAUCAACCGCUGCAGCAGCAACAACAAUCGCAGUUUCAGCCCCUGCGAAGCCAUCAACUCCAGCGUCACAACAAUAACUUGAACAACAACAACUGCGGCAAUGCCUCGUCAUCCAGUCCGUCGUCGACGACCUCAAGUGUGGUGGCUGCACCGCCAAGCACCACGUCGUCAUCGCAGCCGGCUCCGCCGAUUUAUUAGCGUUCAAGGCUAUGCGUAUUCGCCUUGCCGCGGGCCAUAAUCACGACCAGGUGAAGAAAUACGCAUCAUGGUGGCAGCUUGAAACACCGAGGAGAGAUGCCCCCAACCCACAGGAUGCUGCUGUACAAACAGUUUUAUGUGCUAAUUUCUAGGCUCUUUUUUUUUUGUAUAAUUUUUACGAGUUUAACGUUGUAAAGGUCUAGACUAAGUUUAUUAAUUAACAGAUUUUUAUACACCAGAUUUUUACGGUACCGCCUACACCAGCAACAACUACAACAAUAAGAAGCAGAUGAAAACAAACAAGAAAGCGAAAUCUAAAUAUUUAUAAGCCUAUUUAUUUUUUGUAUGUGCUAACAUUAUUUAUACACGCAAAACGAAACACCCAAUAUGAGAAGAGCAUUUCUACUCUUUUGUGAGGGCAGAGAACCACUGAAAACUGAUAACUUUUAAAGCCCAAACUACUAAAAACUCAAAAAUUGCUAAGAUUUUUUAAAGCCUAGCCUAAGUUCAAUACCAGCGCAAUGAUGAGUAGUGAAAUGAAAAAAAUGUAAAUAGCAGAUACAUGCGUAUAUAUAUAAUUAUAUGUAUAUGUACAAGUGUAAUAUUAACUACAUUAUACCAGUUAUUUUAGGCGUAGCGAAAAUUUUUAAAAAAAAUAAACUAAAACUAACUAAAUUAGGCGUGUUGCCCAGAGGCGAUACAAACAAAAAAGCAAAUAAUUCUAACAAAAUGUGAACGCGAUAUACAAGAAACAAAAACUGCGAAAAGCAUAAAAAAACAUACAUCUACAUGUAUAUUUACUUUAUAUAACUGUCAUACAGCUAAUGUUAAACACACGAUACGUAUUCGGCAAAUUGUAGGAUACUAAAACAAAAAGCAUUGUUAAGAACAAAUUUACUUCCAUUUUGCAUAUACAACAUACACAUAAACACCUACAUACAUACAUACAAGCACACAUAUAUUUAUUAAAUGCAUUUAAUUUCAUGUUAAACUUAAACGAUAAACAAGUAAAUUGUUAACGCAAACACGAUUUGGUUAGCUUCGACUUACUUCCACCGAUUUGUUUCCAAAGCUCUUCCAAUAUUAAUUACACAUUUAGAACUUAUGUUAAAUAAUCUUAUUUUUGCCAUAUUUAGUUCAUUGUUUUAUCAAUCGCAUUGAAAAGUGUCUUCCUCCGCCGCGUUUAUUCAUAUUGCUAUUUGUUUGCAUUCCAAUUAUUUGUGCAUUUCUUAAUUACAAUAUCUGCAUAAUGUACAUAGAGAUACGAAACGGAGAAAAACAAAAACGACGAGAUGUUGCUAUGAAUUUAAUUUGUUUGCAGUUACCCACUUGGUUCAUUUACAAUUUCAGUUGCAUUUUAAGAACAUAAUAUUAGUUUAUUUUUACCAUGCCUAGCUAAUAAGUUGUUGGUACAAAGAAACGAAAAUAUAUAUAUCUAAAUAUAUUUUCUAGCGAAAAAUAAAGCGUAUCGCCAAUGGA